GGCAAGACCGUCUCAUUUCAGUUUGCUCCGUGUACUUUAGAGGCUGUAGCCUUUUAAUACAGAGUCUUGCCUUCAAAGUCCGCGGCCUAGAAGGAUCUAGCCCCUGAACUGAAUUGGGAUGCACCCAGUGUCAGCAACUCAUUCGGCAGAAUCGUCGGCAAUCUUCGACCGUUGGUUAAACUGGCUCGUUCGUUUCUUUUGAGUUCGACGUGCUAUUUCGGCUGUGCGUCCUCGUCAUCAUCAACCCAGUUCGAUUAGUGAAUCGGCUCAACCGAUCACUUCAUAUGAACCGGCUCAAAAGAACGAUUCAUUCAAGAACCAAACAUCGCUAAACGUCACAGCAGAGGCGUGUCUUGCAGGAGACCCCACACCACUCAUGACGUAAAACAUAAGUUUCAUUUUCAAACUUUCAAGUUGAAGAGUGACUUCUGUUUUGAGAUUGUUGUCAAAUAUGGACGCACAAUUGCACGACGCAGAGGAAGAGUGUGUCAAAUACAAGCCUGGCGUUCGUUUGGAUAUGAGCCACGGGUUUCUUCACCACAUCAGAAGAAAUCAGAUAGCAAGGGAUGAUUACGACAGAGAUGUAAAACAGGCCAAAGAGAAACAGAGGCGCAGACCCACCACUACCCCUCGCUGCCCAAAAAGGCCUGACCGACAGAUGUACCACUUACGUCAAAGGUGUAAGUUAGAUGGUUCUGAGCCUGCUGUGAGUGCAGGGACAGAGGACUGCAUUGAGGGCAACUCCGGCACAGUAUUAUUUUGGCUUGAUUACCAGGCUGAUAGUGGGCAAAUAACAUCAUUCAUUGUUCACAAGGAGGACAAGCCAGAAACGAUAGUAGAAAGAGUAGCAGAGAAGAACAUUUUGGACUCAGCCAUGAGGGCAGCACUGCUGGCACGUGUGGAAAGAGAAGUGGACAAACGACGUGACAAAUGCUAAGAUGAUGAAACAUGCUGUUUUUGGAAAAAAGCAUGCUUUUAAAAGCAAGGCCUCACUAAAAUAUUGUGUGACCAUAAUUGUGGAUGAUGCAGUUCUGCUUUACAGCACCAAGCAUGCCAAGUAACGUUAGCCUAACUUGUUAGGUGUAGAUAAUGAAAGACAAUAGAUACACUGUUAAAGAUGAAAUCAUGAAAUUUAGUUUGAACCAUUUACAGUAUGUCUUUGUAAGAUACAGAAAUCGAGACCUGAAUUUUUUUCUGUCCGAGGAAAUAAAAAUGGUGCAUUAUUUUUUUUUUCACAAAAAACGUUUUACUUGUCAUGGCAACAAAGAAUGCGCUAAAUAUAUGCAACGACAUAAAUUAUUUAUCUAUAUUAGGCUAUAUAUUAAGUAUUUUACUGUCUGAUAAUUUUUUUCUAGAUUUUUACAAAGGUAUGGCUCUAACAAAAUGUUAUUGGCUUAGGGUAUAAGAGAGAGUACUGUGUGAUAAUGUGGUAUGUGUUAGUAGAAAUGUGUUACAUUUACAUGUAUUUAGACACCUUAGCAACUUACAAAAAUCAACAGUAGUUUACAGUAGUUCAUCAUAAGAGACAACAAAUAUGUAAAAAUGACUGACAGAGCUAAGUAUCAUCUGCAUAAAUGCCAUGUGCCUUUAUGAUCGUUCCCAGUAAGGUUGGAGAAUAGGAAGGGAACCAGAACUGAACCUUGAGGCACCCCUGUGAGUACUUGAUGAAAACACCCUCCUCUUUAGGAGACCUCAAAGGAUCUGUCCAUGAGGGACAUAAAUGUGAGGUUGAUGAGCCACUAUAAGACCUCCAGAGUCCAGGAUGCUAUAGAGAUGCGGUCCUCUCAAAGUCCCCCACCAGGUGUAUCCUCCAUCUCCAGACACAUACACAUCCGGCCGGGCAGCUGAUAUGGAGUCCCCGACGCUACCUGCGCUGACACAAAAGGAACCUGUGUAAAACCAAGUGUAAAGUGUACCUCCUGGGUUGUCCACGUGCAUGAAAAUCAUGUCCUCAUCACCGUCCAGAACCGAGUAGAACUGUGAACAAACACCUUGAGUUAGUCUCAUAAGAAUCUUCGUGUGCAUCUCUUAUAUAAGCAACACUACAAAAGUUGUCAAUGGGACAGUACUUUUAAAAAGGUCCUAAUAUGUGACAUUUUGGUACAGUAAGGUACCUCUAAGGAACCAAUGUGUAUCUUUGAGGUACCAAUGUGCACCUUUUAGGUACAAAAGUGUACUUUUUGAAAUGGUACUCCCCAGUAACAGCUUUUGUACCUUCUUGUACCUUCUUUUUUUCUUUGGAGUGCCUAUGCUGACACAAGGAGAACAUGCAAACUCCACACAGAAAACCUCCUGACGCAAAUAAGACUUGCGGUUAGGCAACGAUGCUAUCCACUGAGCCACUGUGGUGUAAUUGAUGUGGUUUUGGAUGAACUAACCCUUCAAAGUAAUUUCAAUUGUUAGGUGAAACAUAUUACUAGGAAAUGUUUGCUAAAUGCCUAAUGGUAAAUGUGGAAAUGUUUUUAAAGUCACAAUGACACAUAAGUAGCUAUUAUCUUAUUUUCCCCAUUGUAUAUUAUAUAUUGUAUAUAACAGUUAAACAGCAUCUGAAAUGAGAAUGGGUCAUUCUACGGAAAUGUCAAUUUUUCUGUCCCUAGCCUUUACCUAAGGGUUACAAUUUUUUAUAUUUUAAAAUGAGACAAUAUGUUUUUUGAACAUUUACAUCUUCUUGAGCCAUCAAUGUAGCAAUAUUUGAUUUGUAUUAAUUAAUUAGAAUUCCAAGCAUCUCAGAAGUGCUCAUCCCUCAGUCAUGUACACAGGGAAAUUGCUUUAUUUUUAGAUCAAAAACAGUGUUUUCUUCGAUUUAAAAUACAAUAAUGUGUAAAUAACUAUCAAAUAUAUGAUGUAAAUUAAAUUAAAAGACAAAAUGCUAAAUAAAUAUUAUUAAAUAUGUAAUGAAAAUAGUGGUCCCCUGGAGUUGUGUCACUGGUGUUACCGUUUAACAAAAAACUCUUAUUUUUAAAUAAAAAUCACACUGAUGACAUCACUUGACUUCCUUCUUUCAAUUUCCCGGAGAUCUAUGAAGAGACGCCCAUAUAUGUCCACUGUCUCUUUUCAGUUAUCAGAAAUCUUCUCAUUUAUCUCAUGAUUUCAUAUGAAGUUUAGUUUAAGUCACUGGUAUGACCUCCCUUAUUGUUUGGAAAUCGCAAAAAACUAGAAUAAAAAUUGAUUAAACUACUUAAUUAAGUGAAUAUCCGAUGAAUUAUUUGUAAAAUGCAGUUUUCAUGAAAA